AUGCAUUUCGCCUACCCCCCUCGCAAAAGCUCGAAUCCCCCUCCCUUCAGACUACGGCCGUCGAAUCUGCCGCUACGACGGCGACCCCGACUACGCACGGUGAUAAUUGUAUUAUUCACGUUUCUCUUCGGCAUAUUCCUCUUAUCGCGGCGUGGAGGCGGACCAGACCCUUACCAUGAGCAUGAACCGACGGGAAACCCACCAGUGGUCAUUGUGACGGUGGUUGAUCCCUCGAAAUUCAGUGGAUCAUACAUAAAGUCCAUAAAGGAGAAUCGAGAACAAUACGCCAGGAAGCAUGGUUACGAGACUCAUAUUCCAAACGUCGAUGAUUAUGACUUGGUUAGCCAUCACAAAUCAUGGUCCAAGAUUAUGGCAAUGCGUCAUGCGUUGACCAAAUACCCCGAUUGCAAGUUCAUCUGGUAUCUAGACCAGGAUGCGUACAUCAUGGACCCAACCAAGUCUCUGACAAGCGACCUGCUGGACAGCAAGACCCUUGGGGGCCUGAUGAUCAAGGACUAUCCCAUUGUGCCACCCGAUAGCAUAAUCAAGUCGUUCGCUCACCUCAAGAGCGAUGACGCUCGUCUGGUUGUUAGCCAGGACAGGGAUGGCUUAGUAUCAAACAGCAUUUUCCUCCGAAAUGGCGACUGGGCCAAGUUCUUGACCGAGACCUGGCUGGAUCCCCUCUAUAGGUCGUAUAAUUUCCAAAAGGCCGAAAGGCACGCACUGGAACAUAUGGUUCAGUGGCACCCGACGAUUCUAUCCAAGAUUGCUCUUAUCCCACAACGACUUAUAGCAUCGUAUACACGAGCCAAUCUCGGCGCUGAAUAUAGGGAAGGCGACUUUGUCGUCAUGUUCUACGGAUGUACGGUAGACGGCGAGCGAAGUUGCGACAGUGAAUCACAGCUGUACCGGCAGAAGUGGCAAACGGCAUUCCAGGCAUCAUGA